AUGGACAGAAUAAAGGAAAAGAUUGCUACUUACAAAGCAGAAGCCGAGUCAUGGCAAGAUAAAUACGACGAGUUAAACGAGAAAUUGAAACAACUCGAACAAGAUAAUACUGAAAAGGAAAACUUAAUUAAGUCUCUGGAUGUUAAAAAUGAACAAUUGGAUUCCCAAGUAGAAAAACUGGAAGGUGAAUUAGUUGAAUUGAAACAAAAUGUGGAAGACUCUAAUACGUUACAAGCACAUAAUGAAUCUUUUAAUAAGAAGAACGAAGAACUUGAAACGACUCUAGAAGAAACUGACAACAAAUUAAAGGAAACUCUUGAGAAAUUGAGAGAAACUGAUCUCAAUGCAGAGAAGUUACAAAGAAAAGUAACAGCUUUAGAACAAGAACAUGACAUAAUGGAACAAAAAAAUGAAGAAUUAACGUCAAAAUAUGAUGAGGCUAAGAAAGAAUUAGAUGAAAUUGCAGCAUCCUUAGAAAAUUUAUAA